CAAGCCCAUACACGAUAAACCGCAAGCACACACAUACCGAUCGAACGCACUUGUGUGCUCGUGUAUGGGCGCUUUAAUGCCCAGUGGUUAAAUCAUUACUUAGACUAGGUUCACAUGUGACUUUUGCCGCCGACGAGAAGAGAUGAGGCCACCCAGGUGCUCCUGGUCGGACAAUUCGCUUUGUGUUCUUGUUAGCAGGUACCUAUGCAUAAUGUAAUUUUUAAUGUACUGAAAUGGUGAAUAAGGAAUUAGCUAUCGAAAAAAAGUUUCAAGCAUACAAGAAUUUUAGAAUGCGAGCCAGACAAUUUUCUGCAUAACUUUUCAUAUAACUUUUCAUAUGCAGAAAAUUGUCUGGCUCGAGUUGUCGGAUUUCUGUAGGACGUGCAAACUCCAACUAAAAUCUUUAGUCAGGUUGUUGGGUAAUUAUCCGGCGACUUAACCGAUAGUUGACUAAUCAAAGACGAUUAUUGGCCAAAUCUAUCAAAAAAAGUCAUCUGAUCGAUAUAUAUUAGUUCUUACUAUAUGAUGACAUUAGAACUCGAAAUUUGGCGGCUAUAGUUAAAUUAGGAGUGAAAAUGCUAAACUUUAAUUUAAUCGCUGCUAUUAGUGAAAAUUUCGGUAUUGGUGUGAAAGGUGAACUACCAUGGCGUCUAAGGUCAGAGCUCAAAUAUUUUUCAUCUACUACAAGACGACGUUUAGAUCGAAAAAAACAGAAUGUUGUUAUAAUGGGACGAAAAACUUUCUUUGCUAUACCUGAAGAUAAGCGUCCUCUAUCUGAUCGGCUAAAUGUAGUAUUAAGUACAACGCUUAAUACCACAGACCUACCAGAAAAUGUGUUGCUUUAUCCCAACCUGGAAUCGGCAAUGCAACAUUUAGAACAAACUGAUUUAAGUCAACAAAUAGAAACUGUAUGGCUUAUUGGGGGUGGUGGAGUGUAUAAGGAGGCCAUAGUUUCACCACGUUGUAACAAAAUAUAUUUAACAAAGAUCCUUCGACAAUUUGAGUGUGAUACUUUUUUCCCCGAGAUUCCAGCUGAUUUUCAAGAAGUGAAAUUGGAUCAAGAAAUACCAAUGGGAAUACAAGAAGAAGGUGGUGUACAAUAUGAAUAUAAAAUAUUGGAGAAACGAAAAAGAAAAUAAAUAAAAUUUAUUUUGUGUUUA